GCAUUGUUAUUUCUUCACGUUUCUAUAAUUGCGCAAUUAAUAAUAAAAAAUCCACACAUAAUAAUGGCGACUCUAUUUCACCUAUACUAGCUUGUCGUUGAACUAAAGAGGAAAUGAAGGCGGUGUGUGACGUCAAGCUUCCAGGCGUCUAUUUUCGCGGGAAGCUGCAUCAGAGUUCAUCCUCAUCAGCUGCACUAGCGUCAUGCCGUCCAACGUUGAGAUCAAGGCCCGGGUGGACAGCGUGUCCCUAUUUGCCCAGAAGGCCAGCGCUCUCAGCCAAUCAGACGGCACCGUAAUAAAACAGCAAGACACCUUCUUCCACUGCAGUCAAGGACGCCUCAAACUACGAGACUUCAUGAACGGAUCUGGUCAGCUGAUCUUCUACGAUCGCCCUGACACAGAUGGACCCAAACUGUCCAACUUCUCCAUCUCCCCGACCUCCGACCCCCAGAGCCUAAGGGAGGUCCUCUCUGCAGCUCUCGGUGUGAUGGGGGAAGUCCUUAAGGAGCGGCGGUUGUAUCUGAUUGGCCAGACCAGAGUUCACCUGGACACUGUGGAGGGACUCGGAGACUUCAUGGAGCUGGAGGUGAUGAUGCGUCCAGACCAGACUGUUGCGGAGGGCCAGCAGGUGGCCGAGGAGCUGAUGAGGCAGCUGGACGUCUCAGAGGCCAGUCUGGUGAGCGGAGCCUACAUGGACCUGCUGCUGCAGAAGGCCAACGCGCUGCAGAAAUAAACCACCAGCGCACUGCAAACAUAAAACACCAGCCGACUUAUCCCUUGUACAACCUUUGUGUCCGUGAAUAUUUUCUAAAUAAAGCAUGUAAAGAAG